GAUUUCUAUAAGCAAGAGUGGACAUCUUGCCCCCGAGUGCCUCACCUGUUCGCUGUACCAGGACAGGUGUCAGUAUAACUCUGCUUACUUCAGCCUGAAUGCCUCUUUCUUCCGUAUGGACUGCUACGGACCAGGGCUUCCGCUGUUUACACUGAUGGACAACAGAGGGCCCGCUAAAGAGAUUCAGGUCCUUGAGGACAAUAAGAAACUGGAAAAAAUACUGACUACAGAGCUUCUGAUGCCGACCAUCAAACGUGCCACAAUGAAAAUCGCAGGAUUCAACCUCUGGUAUCAGAUGAUGUUCCCACCAAAUUUUGACUCCUCCAAAAAGUACCCUCUUUUAAUUCAA